AAGCAUUGCUGUUGGCUGCAUCCCUUGGAUGAUCUUGAAGUGGCACAAGAGGAACUAUAGGGAGGAACAACAAAAAUUGGUCAAGCAAGGAAGGCCCCCAGCUGCGGAGAGAUAAUAUAUAAGGAACAGAAGUGGGCGAAAGAGGAAGGAUUGUGUUGGUGGCCCUGCGUGGAUCAAGAGGUUGUAACCUGGUCAUGAAAAUGACCAUAGUGAGCUGGCUCCUGACUCUAGCACUCUUCCUACCUGUCCUUGCAAAUUAUAGUGGUCACCUGAUGGAAAAUGAGACCCCGAAAGUGGAAACGGCCCUGCGUCCCCGGAGGAACCUGGACCUUUGCUUCCCAAGCCCAUGUCGUCACGAAGGAGACUGCAAGGUGGUUGACAAUAACGUGACUUGUACCUGUAAGCCAGGUUUCACUGGCCCGCUUUGUAAAGAAAUGAUGGUCAAAUUGCAAUGCGAAGAAGAAUAUAUGAAGAUGCUGGUAAGGAAGGAGGUGUUUGAGAUGCUGAAGAUCCCCAUGGCUUUGGUCCAUCUGAAGAGGAACACUUGCAAAGUCUUUGAGCAGGACGAAGAUGGAGCCAGUUUCUGGGGAGCGGUGCUGACUGGUCAGAACCAUACUUCAUGUGGGUCUGAUAUCAAGGUCAACGGUUCGCACGUGUCCUAUGCCAACGUCAUUGAGUCAGACGGAGAGGAUCAAGGCGUCAUCACCAGAAGCAUCCUCACCAAGGUCCACUUCUCCUGCAUCUAUGCCUACAAACGUGUGGUUGGCCUCGUCUACCCAGUCAGGGCAAUGGACACCCUGGUCCAGUUUGCCGUCAAGGAAGGGGACUUCACGGUGUCCAUGGCACUCUAUGACAGUGAGACCUACCAGCAAGCCUACCGCCAGCAGCCCCUGGUUUUGCUCAUCACGGACGUCCUCUAUGUCCUCCUCCAAAUCGAAGGGCAGGACCAGGUGAAGUACUUCUUCCUCAGUGUGGAGGACUGCUGGGGCACGCCGACGGCUGACCCGAACCACGUGACAAAGCACCCGCUGAUCAUGAAGGGGUGCCCGCAUGACAAGACGCUGACUUUCCUAAAUGAGAUUGGAACCAGUACGGUGGCAAAAUUCAGUUUUCAGAUGUUUCAGUUCAAAAGCUACUCAGAGGUAUUUCUGCAUUGCCAGGUUCGCCUGUGCAUGCCAGAUCCUCAGGUGCCCUGUGCCAAGGAAUGUCCUGUCAAAAGGAAAAGCAAGAGAGAGUUGGUCAGUGGCUACCAGAAGAUCGUCUCCUAUGGUCCCAUUCAGUUCCUGGUUCCAUCAAACCUGGAAACCCGGAACGCCAAAGACCCAGAGUCCCUCUGGAGGCUGCAGCUGUGGAUCCCAGGUGCAAUGGUUUCUGCAGGCAUCGCUGCGGUCUUUGUCUUGAUUGCUGUUGCAAAAGCCAUGAAGAAAUGAGCAACGUUGUCAACGGCGGGGUCUGAAAUAAAUCUCGAUUGC